AUGAAUUAUACAGAAGACUACGGUCCAGAUGGCUAUCACUACUCCAAUGACAUUGAGGAGGAUUCCCUUACGUCUCAAAGGAUGAAUAUAUUCUCAGUGGUACUUUAUAGCCUCAUCUUUGUCUUGGGUGUACCAGGUAAUGCUAUUGUCAUUUGGAUCACCGUUCUGAAACUGAAGAAGACUGUCAACACCACUUGGUUUCUCAAUCUAGCAGUGGCCGACUUCAUUUGCUGCCUCUCCUUGCCCUUCUCGAUUGCCACUACUCUUCUCAAAAACACUUGGCCAUACGGCAACAUUCUGUGCAAGAUUAUUCCUACCAUCAUCAUAUUAAACAUGUUCUCCAGUGUAUUUAUCCUGACGCUAAUUAGCAUUGAUCGAUUUCUUCUGGUUACCAAGCCAGUGUGGUCACAAAAUAACAGAACUGUCAGAUGGGCGAGAUUGCUCAGUGGUGCUGCCUGGUUUUUGGCAGCUUUGAUGUGCCUGCCGAUAGUCAUCCACAAAGAAGAAAAGUUCUUCGAUAAUGUAAACAGUACCUACUGUGUAUAUAAUCAAACCCCACAGUCCAAGAAGGCCAUGGUGUUCACCAGGUUAAUAUUUGGGUUUCUGGUCCCUUUCUUCAUCAUCUGUGUAAGCUACACUCUCAUAACACUCAAAGUGAAGAAGAGCAAGUUUGGCAAAUCUCGUAAGACAUUCAAAGUCAUCCUGGUGGUAAUUGUUGCCUUUUUUAUUUGCUGGACCCCCUAUCACAUCAUCGAUAUCUUGAACAUUCAGGACAUGAGUGUGGAAAUGGAAGAAACCAUAGUGCUCCUCGACCAUUUUACCAUCUGCCUUGCCUACUUCAACAGCUGUCUCAACCCCUUCCUCUAUGUUUUCAUGGGCCAGGAGUUCCAGAGUAAAUUCAAAAAGUCGCUAAGCAAAUUGCUAGAAAGUGCUUUCAGUGAGGAAGCCACAGGUUCAACCUCAUAUUCUAAAUCUAGGAAAUCUCGAGAUGAAUGCGUGGCUGAAAUGGCACAGUAG